AUGAUACAAAUCAAAAAUGAAAGAAAGUCUUCAAUGUUUUCCAUAUAUCUUUUAGAUAUUUAAUUUAACUUGAAAUAGUGCACUCUUUAUCAUAAUAAAUUUGGUUGCUAUUCUUUUGAUUUGAAAUAUGGAAACAGUAGCAAGAGAUCUCCUACAAUUAAUAUUUUAAAGGAGAAAGUUAAUAUGGAUGUAGUUAUUUCUUUUAAUGAUGUACCUAUUGAUGGAGAAGAUAUCUACAUUUCUCUCUAUAAUUAAGUGCUGGUUAAAAAUAAAUAAAAGGAUGUACUUAUUAGCUAGUAGAUUUUAAAAUUAUCAGACUAUACAACAAACAAAAAAGAAUCCAAAACUGAAUAGAAUUUAAUAUUUCAAUCUGAUGGGCAGCUUAAGGCAUAAAUAAAGUAUAUUUUAUCGAUUAAUGAUCCUAGGGUUGAAGAAACUGAAGGUGGUGCAAGAGAUUUUAUGAACCUUUUAAGAGAAUGGCUUGGAAGCAUUUUCUUGAAAUAAAUAAUUAGUCAAGUAGAGAAUGAAGAGAAGCAAUAGCGACUCUUGAAGUUAAAGCAGCAAAAAGAAGAAUUAAUGAGGAAAAAGAGGGAGGAAGAGGAAGAGAAUUUAAAAAAGUAAAAAGAAAUAGAAGAAGAAGAGAAAAAAAGAAUUGAAAAGCAAAAAAGACUAGAUGAAUUAAAUAGAUUAAAGAAGUUGAAGGAAGAGCGAGAGUAAAGAGAAAAAGAGAAGUAAAAGAAAGAAGAAGAAGAGAAAGAAAAAUAAAGACUUAUUAAACAGCAACAAAAAGAAGAAAGACUCAAGUAAAAAAGAAAAGAAAUGCUUUAGCUUCAAGACAAAUAAAAAUAAAUUAAUUUUUUUGACGAAAAAGAACUGAGAUCAUAUGAAGAGGAAAGCUUUGAAGAAGAAACUAAAAACAUUAAAAAGUAGAACGAAAACAAAAGCAAACAAACAAAUAAUCAAAGAAACAGCAACACAGAAGAAAUUUUAGAGGAACUGAUAGAAGAAACAGAUGAGCCAAAUAAUAAGGUUUAUAAAACCCCCUAUAAAAGCAAGAGUAUAUCUACCCUAAGAUUAAAUAAGUCAAGAUAGGUUUCUUAUGCAGAAAGCUAUUAAAAUAUCAGAGUUUAAUCUAGAGAAAAUUCUAUUGAUUAAAGUUUGCUAAAUAAAAGUACAUCAAAAUCGAGCUCGAUUUCAAAGAUUCCAAAGAGGAAUUUCAUGAACUUGUUGAAAAAAUGGAUGUGUAAAUUUCUCAAGAAAAUUAUUAAACAAAUUAACAAGACAGAUGAAUUGAAUAAUUGUAAUACUAGAUUUUAUAUAUUUGGAGAUGAAACUUUCCCUUAUAUUCUAAUUUUUGAUCCUCUGUAAUAAAAAUUGUAUACAAUUUCACCUCCUAAGUCCCUUACUAUGUAUAGCUAUUCAUAGGCUAUUUCUCUACCAGAUGGAAAAAUCAUAAUUUGUGGAGGAGUAAAUAAUAAGUUAAAUGAUAUAUUGCCUAUUUGCUAACUCUAUGACCCAGUUAAUAAUACAAAUACUCCUCUUUCUAAUAUGCACUAAGCUCGCUAUACUCACUCUGCUCUAUAUUUUAAUGGUUAUGUUUAUGUCAUAGGAGGUAGAACUUAUGGUAGAGGAGAACAAAGCAUUUUAAACUCUUUUGAGAGAUUGGAUUUAUAAAGUAAUACAUGGGAAAAACUUGCAAAUUUAAAAGAUGGUAGAUGUACCUCUAGCUUGAUAGGACUUGAAGACAAAAGGUGGCUCUAUUUAAUUGGAGGGUUCUCUCCAAAAGGUAGAUUAAAUUAAAUCGAAAGGUAUAAUAUAAAAGAAAAUACUUGGUAAUUGUUGAGUAUAAAACUUCCUCUUACAGUAGAAGGAGGAUUUGCCUUUUCAGUUAAAGGAUAAUAAAACGACUAGUUUUAUUUUAUGUUUGGAAGAAGUGAUGAAGAAAAAAAUGAAUAAAUUUUUUAGAUUAAUAUUAACACUUAAAAUCCUGAGUUAAAUAAAAUAGAUAUUGUUGGAAAAGUUAAGAAAGCCAGAGUGCUUCCCAUUUGCUUUGUAGAUGAAAAUUCUAAGUUAUAUGUUUUUGGUGGCGAUGAAAAUCUUUGGGAAAGAUUUGAUAUUCCUUCUUUUGAAAGCUAAUUUGGCAAGAAAGUAAAUUAGGAUUUGCAUCCAAGUGAUAUGAAAAAGUAUUGUAGCGCAUUUAGCCACUUGAAUAUAGCUUGA